AUGAAUACUACAGCUAAAAAAGCCGACCACCUUUGUGUCCUCGUCCAUGGCCUAUGGGGAGUCCCAGAGCAUCUGAAAUACGUGAGCGACACUUUGAGCGAGAGAUUUCCUCAAGACAAAGUCCACGUACUCGUAACCAAGCGCAACGCCGGAACAUUUACAUACGAUGGUGUAAACACGGGCGGCGAGCGCGUCGCUGAAGAGGUCGAGGACGCACUGGAACAGCUGGCAGACAGUGGGCACGACAUAACUAAGAUUAGUAUAGUUGGAUACUCAUUGGGAGGUUUAAUAGCACGCUAUGCGAUCGGCCUGCUCUAUCACCGCGGGGUAUUUGAGAAGAUACAGCCCGUUAACUUUACAACCUUUGCGACACCGCAUCUCGGCGUAAGAACACCUCUCAAAGGCUACCCCAGCCACCUAUGGAACGUCCUCGCCGGUCGCACACUAUCUCUCAGCGGCAGACAACUUUUCUGUGUAGACCAAUUUAAAGAUACCGGUCGACCACUACUAGCUGUCCUCGCAGACCCCGAGAGCAUAUUUAUCAGAGCGCUCGCGCAGUUCAAGCACAGAAGCCUAUACGCAAAUAUCCGCGGCGAUCGCUCCGUCACCUACUACACUGCCGCUAUUUCACGGACCGAUCCUUAUGUGGAAUUAGACAGCUUCAAAAUAAACUACAUAUCGGGUUAUGAGGAGGUCAUAGUCGACAGUGACAAUCCGGUAUCGCCAAAGGAGCCGGAAGAACCACCAGCUUUUGUGCAACGAUUUGCACAGGGCACAAGGACGAUAUUGGGACGCGCAUCCAUGGUCGCCGUUCUCAGUGUUUUUAUCCCGAUUGGCGUGUCGGCAUUCCUCAUCCAUUCCGCCGUUCAGUCGAUCCGUAGCCACCAGCGCAUUCAACUCCACGAGCAAGGCAAAUCCGGCAUCGACUACGCCCGCUACCGCAUACCGCUCAUGAUCCAGGCCGUCGAGCAUGCAAACCACGCGCAAGGACAGGAGUAUCUGAGUGACGCUAGUACCGACGUCGAAUCGAAUGCACAGUCUGUCCAGAAAGCGUCUAGUUCCGGCACCAGCUCUAUUCAAGAGCGAAAACAGGGCCUGGCCCUCGAGUUCCCCACUCUAGCACUCACAGACGACCAAUUCAAGAUGAUCGAGGCGCUCGAUAGUGUCGGGUUCAAGAAAAAUCCUGUGUACAUUCAUAAGCACCGUCACUCCCACGCUGCUAUCAUCGUUCGCACAGAUAAAAGCUCGUUCGAUGAGGGUAGGGUCGUGGUCAAGCACUGGCUUGACAAUUUCGAGGUCUGAUAUGGGAGCCCGCAUCCAAAAGUCCUUAAAUGAUUACAUCGACGUAGCAAAUUUGUGAUCGAAGAGAACCCCUACUCGUUUCUUCUCUGUUGGCGUGGGCGGGCGUAUUUGCAUUUAUAGCGUGGCGUUAUCAUAGAGAGUUCGACGUUUGAGCGAGUAAUACCCUUUUUGCUUUCGUAUGGGAGGAACGUGUCGUGUGGCGGUCUGGCAUUUGUGGAGUUUUAGAUUAAUAUACCAGCAAUGAGUUUUCAUGCUUCA